AUUCGUCUUCGAGCCACGCCGCCGACGAACCUCUCGCCGCCAUUAUUCUCCCCCUUUCUCGUCACCGUCACGGCCGUCUCUCUCUCUUUCUCUCUCUCUACCCGUCCCCUCUGUCUCAGCCGCCAUCCUUUCUCCUCUCUCGCUGCCUUCUGGAUGAUAAGGUAGUCUUGGAAUCAUUCAAUCAUCUAAUGCGCUAUCUAUCCCUCGAACCCUUGUGCAAGCCAUAUAUGUUUCUCCCACCUUUUGCUGAUGUGCACCUGCUGAUCAAGGACGAACACACGGAUCCUUAUAUCAAACUUUCUUUUUUUGCUUGGAUAAUAGUUGCUUCGCAUUCUCAUUGUGCUUGAUUGCCAGUUGUCUUACUAACUUCGGCUUUGUUUCCAAAGAGGAAGGAGACACAGUCAUGUUGCUGCAUGCACAUAGGACUAGACAAAGGAGCACUGAUAUCUAACGUUGUGGCACAUGAUUCGAUCUAUUCUUGCUCUUCGCUGCAAGUCCAUAACGGGUAGGCGUAUUAGCUGUCUUCCGUGUUGGAAUUUGGCAUUCUACCACCAAGCUGAUGAACUUGGCAGUGAAGAGUUGCUGCCAUCAGAAUGGUACAGAGCGGCUGCUGCUAAAAUAAUCAGACUGACACAUGUUCUAAAAGAUGUCAAGCAGAUAGAUGGAAGGAUAAUCAGCAUCAAUGACAGCGCUGUCAUUACAGAUGACCAUAUCAUCAGCCAUAUGGAGACCUUCAAGUCGCUUGCGAAAGCGUUCAUCGAGCCUACCACAUUGCAGCUCUCCCAAAGGAAGACAAAUGCACUGGCUGCACCACUCGUAUCUCCAAAACUUUUCUGUAGAGCGAGUGAAAGGAGCUCGAUGACGCUGAUUUCACUUACCCAAGUUUGUAACUUCCUUAAUGUCUCAGUUCAGAAGAGGAAGCAUGUUCGUUUGGCACUAUGUCCGCAAGUUACACAGCACAGUAUUUGGUGGGGAGUGCUUGAGGAGGUUCUCCAAGACUUGAAACAUGAAAUGGACUGCUUAGCAUGCCAUUCUAAGGCUUUCGAGAUGGGUGAGCAGAUACUAUUCAGCUGUAUAAAGUUUUUGACAGAUAUCAAGGGUUCAAAUGCUUCCUCCCCGUCGUGGAUGCGACCAGCCCCUUCGAACAAGGUCGAGAAGUCGCUGCCAUCACGCAAAUGGGAAGAAGUUCUUGAUAUGUUUGUUGAUCUCUCGAAGGUCUUGGGCCAAGAGCAGAACUUGACAUAUCACCUCUCCAAGCUUGAUAUCAUGAAAGAAGGAUUGUACCAAAUCAAGGAUAUUCUGGUUGAGAGAGACAUUAGUCACAAGGAAGUUCGACGGCAGGACUACCUAGUCCAGAAGAAGUUUACAAAGUGCUUAGGGCACUCUUCCAAGUGUUUGUUCACUCUAUUGCUGUAUUAUCUGCAUGGAACCAUCAGAGAUAUUGAAGUUGAGGUUAGUGGAGGGAUUUACGAGUGUGGUGGUACUACAUACUUGUACAUUGGAAAGAUCUUACAUUCUUCUGAUGAAGGGUCAAUAAGGAGUGGGAUUAUGCAGCUGAACAGAGCUUUGAGUGUUUACCAGCUUGUGUGGCAAACAGCAGCUAUGGAUGGAGUAUUGGAGUUGCAAGGACAUCUUUGGUGUCCUGAGGCCGAGGAAAGGUCUCUCACAUACAGAGGGAAUGUGUAUCACAUUCACAGGUUAAGGUAUGAUUUAUGGAAAUAAUUUAAUUUUGCCGUGAAGGACAGAUUAGAACUCUUCGAUAUUCAUCUUUUCACUUCAUAAUGAAUCAACUGUAGUUGUCAUUCAAAUAUGAAUCAUACUCGUGUUUAUUGCUUAGUUUAUGGACUAGACAUAGUACAUAAGCAUAUCUGUCAGGAAGCAGUUUGAAGUAGUGCCUUCAUUGAUGGUCUGUGGGUUCAAAUAUGUUACAUCAAGAUGGUCAUCGGUCAACCAGAGUCCUUUGGAACAGCACGUGCACAUUAUAAAUAAUGCUUAAUGAUCAUGUCAAAUCACUCUAAUGCUAUACUGUCUGGAGCAAGUGUCCUAAUGUUUUCUUGAUUAGUCCAUGUCUGAAGAGUAUCAGUAUGCAAAUAGAAAUAUGAGAAAUCUGUUAUACCGACAAUGUCACAUGGAUGAUUAGCCAUGUCAGCACGUGAUCAUCAACAUCACUGGCAUGCGUCUGAUCAGCAUCCACUUCAGUGUCUGAUCAACACAUCUGUCAUUGGCUACGCCACCAGAUCCAUGGUGCCAUGACCUCCUGACUUCCCAGAUCAGAUUUGGUUUGGGUAACCUCUCACCGACCUAUAAAUGUGGGGCUCUCUUGUAAUUUGACACAAGUUUUGCAAGUUGGAUGCCUGAGUUGGCAUCCUUGAAAGCUUCAUAUGUUUUAGAGGAUAGAGGGAAGUUGUUAAAAGGGAACUUUUGAUAUUCUAUAAAAUUGAUUUUGUGGUAGAAGAGCUGCUGCAUUACUGGAAGAUUCUUAUUAGUAUCAUCCGGAGCUUUGUAAGAUGGUGAGGUAGCUUACUUGUUGUCAAAUGCUUGAUAAAUAACAAUUUAGAACUCUGGAUCCUAUGUUAUUGCUUACACUUGUGGGAUUGCAGUAUUUUGUGUGGUAAAUAAUGCCUAUUAUUGAAACCAAUACCGAUCUGUACCAUGUAUUAUCAUUUGAAUAACUGAUCAGUUCCGUCUUCGAUGUCGGACCUUUGUUAGAUCAAAAUUUUAGUGAAUAUAUUGUCUUAACUGUGAGGUUAAAUCACUCCAUCUUUUUGA